GACCACUGCACAUAUUAGGCACUUUUGGACAGUCAAUUCAAAGUAGGCAGGGUUUACUGUUCACAGAAGCAGAGAGUGAAGCGUCAGAGCGAGGUGAUCUGAUUGGUCCAUCAUGUGGGCGUGGGCAUUACUUCCUGUCACAAUGGCAAUGUUUGGGAUUAUUGGGAUGUGGGCUGUGUUUGCCAUAGCAGUGUCCAAUAACACUGUUAAUAUAAAUGAAGAAUUCCCUUUCAUCAGCACAUGUGGCUCAUACAACCCCCAGAGCUGCCUGUUUUCUCAGAUCUGCAACAUAUGCAGUGUGUUGGCUAUGUGGAUUGUCACAAUUAGAUUUCAGCAGGUCCGUGAUUUGGGUUCUGGGUCCCAUUUAAACACAGCCAGUUUGGUGUUUGGCUUCAUCUCUAGCAUUGGGAUUUCUAUUAUAGGAAACUUCCAGCAAUCCAUAGUGAUGGGGGCUCAUCUGCUCGGAGUGCUCUUAACCUUCUUCAUGGGAUUGGCUUAUUUCUGGGUCCAGGUGUGGCUUUCGUACUACAGACCGCUCUCACAUGACCGCAAGUGGGUGGUGUCAGUGCGCGUCAUCCUCUGUUGCCAGUGUACUUUUUUGGUCAUCUGCAUUUUUGUUCUCUAUACCACAGGUUUUCGCUCUGAAGCUGCCAUAUGUGAGUGGAUUCUGGUCAUGUGUUUUUUUGCACUCUUUGCAAUUUUUGCAGCAGAGUUCAGACACAUUGACUGCCACAAGCUCACUGUACAGUACAAGGAAAGGAAAAGUGCCAGUGAUGAUUAUUGUGUGUGGACGAUACAGGAGAUUCACUGAGGAGCAGCUGGCAAGUUGUGGCUGUGUGGUACUCGGACAGAUACAUACAAGUUGAACAAACAUUUAGUGUGGACAAAAUGACCUAUAACCUGCACAACUCCGCUAAAUGCACAAAAACACACAUAAGAUAAACCACUGCUAAAAUCCACAUUUUACCAUAUAAAUUAUAUGUUGCUGAAAUGCUAGCCUGAAUUCAAGAGCAUGGUGUUAACAUGACGUUUUCACAAUGUUAAAUUGUAGUUUAUAAUUAAAAAAAAUGUAUAAAAUAUUGUAUAAUGUUUUAUCAGUUUAGUUUUCCAGUAGAAUAUUUUCAUGAACAAACAACUAUACCUCAGCCUGGAUCUCUUUGGUCUGAUUUGUAGUGUUAAAAACUUUGUUUGCAUAGUGUAAUUAAAUAUGUUAAGUUAUAAAUAUUUAAUUUUAUCUGACUAUUAUAAAAAAACUGUUGAUUAUUAAUAAAUUUGACUUAACAAUUGCCAAGUAACAGUCUACAAAGUGAACGUUAAAGUAAAUAAAUACGAUGGUAUAAUGGUCUUUAACAUUCAGUAAUUCAAAUGUAGUAGGCCUUCAGUUUUGCUAGAUGUUUGCAUCACCUGCCCUAACGGAACUUGCUGCUAAGAAUUGUGAAUCAUUUUGACAGAUUGAAGCCAUUUCUGAUUCAUUUUAGUGUAUUGCUAUGUGAUUGAGGUGGUUGUUCCAGAGAAACAAGUGUGCAGCCAUCUUUAGAAAUGGGUCUAUAGCAGGGGAGUCCACACUAAUACAUUUACGUUUGAAGAUGCAUCUUUUUCUCUCCGUUUUGGCCUUCCGUCCACACUGAAACUGUGUUUUUAGUCAAGGAAAACUGAGCUUUUUGAAAAGGGAUGCUUUUGAAAGCGAUGACACAAUUUUAGUCAUGUGGCGCAUAUUAUACCAAUAGAUAUCCAUGUUUAUACUGGUAUUGUGCAUGUUAUGUGCUAUGCACUUUCUGACUAUUGCUAUAGAUGUACACUCUUCAUAUCACAGUCCUGCAAAGGUGGAAGCACAUUUACUCAUGAGACAAAACAUGAGAGCACUUGCAUUUUAGAUCAGACAUACAAUUCUGAGUGUGUGCGACCUGGACAUGUCAGUGAAUGGUGGGUUCUUUUCAUUAAAAA